CGAGGAAAAUUAAAUUUUUGAUUCUACGGCACCUUUAAUAGAAAAAACGGAAUGAUAAAAAUAUAUGAUUAUAUUAUUUGGAGUGCAUGCAGCUAAUGUCUUUGCUCAAUGUGUGAUUUCAUCUGGAUUAUGCAAGCAGAUGAGGAACUGCUGGUGUUUGGAUUGAGUGUUGACCUUCUGCAGCUGGGAAGGAAAUGCUCAGUGAAUGUUUGACUUGUGCUGUUAGACAUGCAAGUUUGAGAUCGACUUGAAUGGAAAAGUGAAAUAAAAAAUGGCAGAAAAAUAAAGUUGGGUUGCAUCAUCUUACACAUGCUACACAAUGACUCAAUAGUAGGGAGUAUUUAUUUUGUGAUAAAGGUUGAAAGAAGCAGUGAAUAAAAGCUUAACCCUAUAAAGCCUACUGUAUUAUAUUUGAUCAGCCUCUAAAUGAUCUGAUAAACCUGUCGCACACAAUCUCCUACAGUCAUCUGAUUGAUAGUUUAGACUUUUUUAGCAAGUAAAAGUCUUUUAGUAUAAUUGUUCAUGCAUUUAACUGACUGUUUAUUUAUAUGUCAGGCUUUGCAUGGUUAAACUUCUUCUUUUCUCAUCACACACAUAGAAUCACAUGACUUUAGAAACUUGGAAUAUAGUGCAUGGGUAUUUUUUUCUUAUUAGAGCUUGAUCACUAUGAACUGUUUUUAACAGAAUAGAUCAUCCAUGAAUGUCAUUAAGUUCACCUGUAAUUGUUGGGAAGGCCCUAGAAAUGGGUCAGUUGAUUCCUGAAAGGAGCAGUGCGUUUCAUUGUUGUUGGACUGUAAGCCUCUUUGGAGCUGGACUCAUAUGACCGUUUCCACUUCAACAUGGAUCAAAGAAAGUAUAAUCUGGUCAAGGCAGAUUCAUGGGCUGGUUAAUCAGAGGUUGGAGAUUUUACCUGUAAGAAAACAAGUGGUCAUAACUUCCACAUGCAGUCAGUUCCCAUUCAGAGUCUGUCCGAGCUGGAGAGAGUCCGGCUACAGGAAGUCGCUCUGGUCAGACUGAUGAAAGACUUUGAUUUGGGAUGCCAGAUCACCAUCCCUAAAGAUGGCCAGAAGCGGAAAAAGUCACUCAGGAGGAAGCUGGAUUCUUUAUCAAAAGAGAAGAGAGACAAAGACUCGGAUCCUCAGGCGUUUGGCGUGCCGCUCUCGCAGGUGAUCUUUAACGACCGGCGUCAGAAGCAGCUUCAGGAGGAGCGCGAGCAGGAGGAGCAGGAGGAGCAGGAGGAGCAGCGCAGCCCGGCGGACCGAGUGUCUUCACUCCUGCACCUGACGGGCCGCAGAUCCACUAACAAGGAGCUUUCCAGCAGUAACUCCUCCCUCAGCUCCUCCUCUGAGACGCCCAAUGACAGCACGUCCCCCGGCACUCCGGAGACGGCCCUGCGCUCGCGCCGACGGGGCGGCAUGUCUGUGGACUGCAUCACUGACCUGGACGACAGUCACUCUCGUCUGCUGGAGGCUCUGCAGCUGUCCAUGCCCGUGGAGUCGCCCAGCGAGAAGAAGAAGAUGAGCGACGCGAAGCUCAGCCUGAACCCCAUCUACAGACAGGUGCCGCGUGUGCUGGACAGCUGCUGCCAACACCUGCAGAAAUAUGGUCUGCAGACGGUCGGCAUUUUCCGUGUCGGAAGCUCCAAGAAAAGAGUUCGACAGUUACGUGAAGCGUUCGAUCAGGGCGCAGAAGUGGUUUUGGACCAGCGGCACAGUGUUCAUGACGUGGCGGCGCUGCUGAAGGAGUUUCUCAGAGACAUGCCUGAUCCUCUGCUGACCAGAGAGCUCUACUCCGCUUUCAUUAGCUGCGCAUCUCUGGAUAAGUCAGACCAGCACACGGCCAUACAGCUGCUCAUCUGUCUGCUGCCCGCCUGCAACAGUGACACCCUUCAGUGCUUACUUCACUUCCUGUCUAACGUGGCCAAUCACGCGGAGGAUUCCCGGGACGCCGACGGGAAGGAGGUCAUUGGCAACAAGAUGACAUCACUGAACCUGGCCACCAUAUUUGGGCCGAAUUUGCUGCACAAGCAGAAGAGCUCAGAGAAGGAGUUCAGCGUCCAGAGCUCGGCCCGUAUGGAGGACAGCGCCGCCAUCAUCGCCAUUGUCCAGCACAUGAUCGACACGCACCAAACCCUGUUCAUGAUCUCUGCGGAGCUGCAGAACGAGGUUCUGGUCAGUUUGUUGGACACGGACAGUGACGUGGUGGAUUAUCUGCUGAGGAGGAAAACACCACAGUGUGAAGACUCCAAGUGCUCGAGCGGCGAGAUCUCUCCGUAUGACAACAACUCUCCGGUGCUGUCCGAGUGGUUUCAUCCGUCGGGACAAGAGCAUCACGGUCUGUCAGACGUCCAGGAUGCUCUCGCUGGGGACGUCACAGUGAAUUUCUGCCUCUCGCCCUCACAAGCCGACUCCGGGGAAAUGUUACAUGAUAAGGCCCGUAUCUGGAGAACGAGACACACUCUUCUGUCAGGACUUCAUGACAAACUCCUCACAGGUUCAGAUGGAAACCUGUACAAACGCGCCUCCUCUGAUGUCUUCUAUGAUGACGACAGCGACGCAAAACCUGUGCUCGAGACGCAAGAGUCCCGUACAAACGUCCCCCGGCUUCAAACACCACAUGCUCCGAUCACAUCGAGCCAAUCACAGGAGGCGACUGUUAAGCCCUCGCCGUCUGCCAAACAAGACGACAGACUGCAGCUGCGGGUCACUUCCUGUCUCGCUGGUCAGGGGGCGGGGUCACACAUCGCUGUGCCAUCAAAGACCUUCAGUGCGGAGCAACACCCCGACUGGCCGACAGAGAAGUGGCAGAUAUGGCAGCUCUUGUCAUCAGACAGUAUAGACACACUUCCAGAGACUAUGGUGUGAAACACUGUUUAAAGGGACAGUUCAGACAUUGGACAUUUAAUAAACACUGAGACAUUUUUUUCACUGAGAAGACAGGUUUGGAUUGAGUAAAUGAUGACGGAUUGAUCAUUUUUGGGUGAACUGUCCCUUUAAGAACCUUUUAAUUUAACGUUUGAAUUUAAAUCAGCCACAACACAGAGAAUCCGAUUCGGAAUUUGAAUUGGAAUGACAGGAAGCAUCACAGAAUGUUACCACAUAGUUUUCGGAUAGAAAAAUAAUUAUUGAUAUUAAUAUUUAGGAUUAAUAUUUAAAUGUUUUAACUCUAACAAAAUGCACUAAUGUUCAAAAGUUGUUUUUUUUUGUUUUUUUUUAUGAAAUUAAUACUCUUAUUCAU